UCCAGAGCGAGCGCAGCGGGCUGAGGAGACGGCACGUUCGUUCGGUGGGCGGGCGCUCACACAUCCAAGUGGUCGUCUCGUCAUUGUCUUCCAUGUUUUUUUUUCUUCUCCAUUUUGUUGCUGCGGCUGCAGGGCUGCGGAGUCGGAGUCGGAGUUGGAGUCGGUCGGAGUCGACAGUUCUGCCCGGAGUCGGGGUCGGAGUCGCCGAAAAUCCAUCGACUCCGCAGCCCCGUGCAGCUGGUGUUAGGUAUAUAAACUUAUACAUAUAUGUUUUUAUCACUUUAUCCGUCGUGCACGGUGCAUCAUGCAUGUGUAAAUACGGGACAUUCCUGGUUUUGACAGACACACUCAACUCGUUAUGUGGACUGACGGUGUCUGGGUUAGUUAUGACGGCAGGCUGGCGCCGGCCGCGGUCCCGGUCCGGUGACGGCUGCGGUCCCAGUGGUCAUGUCUCCCCCGGCCACUUCCGUCCCGCUCCGGCCGGCAGGCGGCACCGGACCGGUGUGCCCAGCGGCGGCCAUAAAUCACAGCCGCGCGCGGCGGGGGAGUAAAUCAACGACCGACAGGGAGUAAAUCAGCGCCCGUUUAGUGCGUAAAUCAGCCGCGGGCCGCGUCUGUCGCCGGGCCGCCGGCCGCUGUCCGCCGCCCCCGUCAGUCGGGACUGUCGUGUCGUACCGUGUCGAACGCCGUCGGCGACGGGUGAGCUUCAUAGUCAUGUUGCUGUCGGCGUUGCUACUUUUCACCAACUGGCUAGCCGGAGGGUGUCUUUCCGCGAGGGCCGCCCUGCCUCCGGCGACGGCCACUGGAAUGGGCCGUUCCUUUGGCAACUGGUGGCGACAAACGGGCGGUGCUGAACUGAGAGCUCCUCUCAUCGGGCCAAUCAGAAGACGGAACCCCAGUCAGCGACAGUCAUCGGAGCUGCCGGCGCGACUGUCACCUACGGGCUGGCACACUGGGCCGCAGUUCAACCCUGGGAGACACAGACGCCCGGACCCGGCGGGUCGGCGGCAGUCCGGCAGUGCUGAGAGCGGCGUCACCGGUGAAUGGCGGAGCCGUCUUGGACUCCCAUCUGUCGGACAGAGAGCACGCAAGCCGAGGACCUGGCCAGGAUGGUCAGGGACUGAGAACGGUCGCAGAGCUCGUAAACCAAGGACCUGGUCGGGCUGGCCGGUGGCCGAUGGUGGUAGCCGGAGAGCUCGAAAGCCCAGGAUCUGGACAGGCUGGCUGGGAGCUGACUACGGUAGUCAGGGAGCUCGGAAACCCAGGGCCUGGAAGGGCAAUGCAGACGCUCUGCAAAAGCGGCAGGGAAGACGGGUACCAAGUGUCCGCCGCCCCGGCCGGCGGCGCUGGUCCCCGGAGACGUUGAAGUUUGGGUUGUCAAGACCGGUAGACUGGCAUCCGAGUCAUCCCGGGCCUCUUCUACCGUUACCGAAUAGAGCCGGUCCCUCUGAGCUGAACCGUUUGCCGUCAGGUGGGGAGGAGCGGCCGAAGCUGAACAAUCUACCUAUAGGUGGGGAUGAUUGGCAGGACCUCUCUGCGUCAUACACAGCACCGUCUCACGAGUUGCAGCCUCUGACUGACGACAAUUCACCGACAGAAGACGCACCGGCCAGCCCUGAUGGACCCGGUGACAACUCGACUCGCCACUUCGCCGGUCCUCCAGAAGAGCGUCCGAAUCCGGCCACUGGCACCGCCGCCCGAUGGCACCCGCUGCUCGUGAUUCCUGAGAAGGACGCCGAGCUCCCAGCGGACGCCACGACUGUGUCACCGCUCACCAACGUGCCGCUCGAAUUCCCAGAGCCUCCCGAGUUCUCCCAGUCUCCCGAGUAUUCCACUUCCUCCGAAUACGCCCAGUCCCAUAAGUCCUCUCAGCCGUCUAAGCACUCUCAACCUCCGGAGUUUUCCCAGCGUUUUAUCGAUUUGACGGCUGAGCUGCCUCCGAUUCCAGCGGAGUUGCCUGCUGGGCCUCAUCCGUCGGCCGAGCCCCCUGAGACACAUUCAUCGGCUGAGCCACCUGCUGAGUCACAAUCACUAGCUGAGCCACCUGCUGAGCCACAGCCAGCGGGGAAGCCGCCCGCGGACUCACACCAGUCUGAUGCGUCCGCAGCUGAGUCUCACUCCCCUACUGGACCGUCUGAGGGGCCUCGCCCGCCGUCUGGGUCCGCGGGCUCCCCCACCGUCUCCCGUCCAUCGGGCGAGUCUCCCACCAUCCCACACUCAUUGGCUGGGCAUCCGGCCCUCUCCUCACCAGCUGUGGGUGACGGCUUAGUGCCGCCGGAGCAGGCCGCCUCUUUGGAGCGGCCCUGGUACGUCGACUCGCUCCUGUCCCUUCCACAGGGCUACGGCCCGCCUAAGAACCUGCAGCAUCAGCAGGAGGGGCCCGCCGCGCCGCAGCCGUCCCCGCAUUUCACUAACGAUUUAUUUACGGGGCAGGGCGGUAAAGUAGACGCCCGGUACCCACCGCACGGUGGCGGUAGUCCUUCCCUACCUCUCGACACUUCACAGUAUGGACCGCCGAAGGACCCACUGUACCCGCUCACAGUCAGCCCAGGAUACAGUGGAGGACCACUCGACCAGCAGGGCUCACAGUCGGGGUACGGGCCCCCAAGGAGUCCUCUGUUCCCUCCCACCUUCUCCCCGGGGCCCAGCGGGGGAGUGUCACUGACCCGACCUACCCAGAGGGGCACCCACCAGGAGUACGGUCCUCCAAGGGAGCCUCUGUACCCGCCCAUCAACCCGGGACACAGUGGCGACCUGCCUGGGUACGGCCCUCCGAGGGACGCCCAUCGGCCCGGAGCUGCUCAUCAGCCUGAAGACGCUUAUCGACCUGAAAACGUUCAUCGGCUAGAGAACGCACAUCGUCCUGAAAACGCCCAUCGGCCUGGUGACGCUCAUCACCCAGCUGAAGCUCAUCGACCAGCCGAUGUCCAUCACCCAGCAAACGUCCACAAACCUGAUGAAGGUAAGCAGCCGUCGCCGUCCUCUCUGACCAAGGAGCAGGAGAAGCUGUUGGACCUGCUGGCAGAGGCCGGCGCGGAGAAACUGGUGGCCAGUCUGCGGCGGCAGGGGUCGACCAAGUCCGGCCAGGAGGAGUGUGAGUGCGGCGAGGUGGCGCCGCCGGGCACCGUGGUGGGUCUCACCGGUCUGGCGGCGCUACUCAUUUACGUCCUCUCCAUCCAGACGAUCGGCAGCUCCAAAGGCAGCGGCAGCGGCCGAGCCAUCAAACCCAACAGUUACGGCCACAUGGAGACGCUGCUGUCUGCGCUGGUUACCGAGCACCUGUCUGAGACGGCGCCCUGGUCCGGGGCCCGGCCGGAGCCCUCGUUCCCCGGGUUCACCUGGGCGGAGUACCGCGCCGGCAAGCUGCUGGCGCCACCGACCACCGCCGCGCCCGUGCCGGGGCUCCGGCGUGGUGCCGCCCGCCGUGUGGACACCGUCACCGGUCAGAAGCGGAAGCGGCUGAGGCCGGUCACCAAGGACGGUCUGCUGGCGCGCGUGGAGCGCUGGCUGCGCGGCCGCGGCCGACUCGUGUACCGUCCAGUGAACGGCACGAAGCAGAGCCCGCCGGACUGCGAGUGCAGCCUGCGCCACCUGCUGGACGUGCUCGGCUACGUGCCUCUGGCCGUGCUGCUCGGCUACAGCACCACCCUAUCGACCACGGCGCUGGCCACGGCCGGCGCCGGCGGCGGCACCGCCAUCGACGUCACCAUCAAUGACGCCGACACCAUCACCAACAGCAACAACAACGCGCCGACGCUGACCAACACGGACAGCGACGUCAUCACCAACACGGCGCAGGGCAACCCGAUCAACACCAACACCAACACGGCCAGCAACCAGGACAGCGACAUGAUCACCAACAUGGCCGGCGGGCGCGCGCUCACCUACCGCAGGAGGAAGAGUCGUCGGCGUAGCAGGACGUCCCGUACCGUCCCGGCAGGCGGCAGACGGUGACGAUCGGCCCGUCCGUCUCCGGCUCUCCGAAGUCGAUGUGGUGCUCAGAGACGGCCACCGAAUCACUCUGCGUGCCGGACCCGGCGCGGCCAGUGGUGCUGAAGACAGACUAUCGACUCUGACUCACUGCUGGAUGGUGACGGCAGGUCGUGUCACAGACUGAAGAGGUCAUAGUGGAUACAUUGGAACUGGUAUAUUGGGCAUUACAGUGUUUGUUAUAGGGCAUUACAGGCUGUACGACGGCCGAUCGGGCUCGGGAUAGUGUGAGUGAUUUAUUGGUCAGCGUCGGUGAUCUGACUGCAUGGGCUCAGUGAUUACGUGAAGUCGCCUCAGGAACGGGGCCGUUAUUGGCAAUCGGUGACCACUCGUGACGGAGUUCAAGUGACUGGUGUUUGAAGUGGUGGCAACUAAAUGGUAGAUUAGGAUUUACUCUGGAAUUGUGACGACGGUGCUCAAUAAAUUUGAAUUUCGCUGUA